AUGGAAAAGGCCUGGAGGGUCGAGCAGGAUAAGCAUGAAAAAGAUAUGGAGAAGAAGAUGGAGGAAUUACUGGAGAAAUCCAAAAAGAUUGCAAGGAAGGCUACAGGACUAAGAUAUAAUGACUUGUGCAUGCAUCCAGAUUUGAACUUACCAGAAGGGUUCAAAAUCCCAAAAUUUGAGAUUUUCAACGGGAUAGGGAAUCCCAAGGCACACCUCCGAUCCUACUACGACCAAUUGGUCGGAGUAAAGAAAAACGAACCUCUGAUUAUGCAACUAUUCAAUCGUAGUCUAAUCGGAGAAGCAACUGAGUGGUUCACAACUCAAGAUAUGCGUCAAUGGCACACCUGGGAGGACAUGGCAGAAUCCUUCAUGGAGAGAUUUUGCUUUAAUGUCGAAACGGUACUCGAACGCUAUUACCUUGAAAAGUUCAAAAAGAAAUCAACAGAAAACUACAGGGAGUUUGCUGGCAGGUGGAGGGCCGAGGCAGCUCGUGUGCAGCCACCGAUGUGUGAGAAAGAGCUAGUCUCUAUGUUCAUUAGAUCCCAGGAGCCUGAUUUCUAUGACAGAAUGUUGUUCAUGGCUGGGAGGUCGUUUGCUGAGUUGGUCAAAAUGCGAGAGGCCAUAGAAGAUGUCUUAAAUCCGAGAAAAUAG